AUGACCACCGAGUUCGGCCCCACGUGGCACUGUAUGGUGGGCCGCCACUUCGCAAGCUACGUGACGUACGAGAAGAACCGAUACACCGGAUUUUUACAUCGGGCAGAUGGGGUUCAUGCUGUUCAAGACGCCUUGAGGGGAGGGUGGUGCGGCGGGCGCUUCUGCGUCUGCAGGAGCUCGCUGGCGAGGACGAGGACGAGGCAUAGUGCUGACAGGACCUGCUCCUUUGGCAGGUCCACUCUGUCUGUGAUUGCCGAGCCGGUGCGGGCGCGUCCAGAGGCCUCUCCCGGCGGCGGCGAAAUCGCCGCUGCUGCGCUGCUGUGGAGGAUCCUUGCGGGGGCCGCGAAU